GCGCGCACGCGCGGUGUGCGUCAGUAAUGUGAACUCGUCGGAAACAUCAGUGAGAGGAAAGGUAACGUUAGACUAGCGACAGAUAACGAGCUGAGACAGUGAUAUACAACAAAACCAGCACGGAGGAACAAAGGAAGCUCAACUACCAGUCUCGCUGAUGUUGUUUUAUUCUUUCAGACUGGAUUUAGAAGAGUUCGGGAUAAAGCUAGCCGCUGUAAGUUACCGUUAGCUCGUCGAACAAAGCCAGAACGCGAUUCUCCGGCCAGAUAACUUCACCCCAGACGUCCUCAGUCUGGAGGUCUGGUAAGUGUUUUCGCGGGAGUCUUCUCUUAACUGCGCGUGCUGCUGAUCGAUCACACAGCAUGUAAGGUUAGCUCUGUGUUUAGUCACGUGACCAGAUGAUCAGAGACCGGGAGAGGAUUUUGAAGACGUCUCGAGAUGUGUCCUGUGUUUGAUUGACAGUCAUGGGAGGCUGCGUGGGGCGCGAGCGCGAGGAGUCACGUGGACGCGCAUCGAGGAAGCGCGGAGGUCGUAAUGAGCCGCUGAAGAAAGACAAGCCCAAGUGGAAGAGUGAUUACCCCAUGACAGAGGGCCAGCUCCGCAGUAAGAGAGAUGAGUUCUGGGACACGGCUCCAGCGUUCGAGGGCCGGAAGGAGAUCUGGGACGCCCUGAAGGCCGCCGCUGUGGCUCUGGAGUGUAACGAUCAUGAACUGGCUCAGGCUGUGGUGGACGGAGCCAACAUCACGUUACCACACGGAUCCCUGACCGAGUGUUACGACGAACUAGGAAACCGAUACCAGCUCCCGGUGUAUUGUCUGGCUCCGCCGGUCAAUCUGAUCACCGAAAGAAGCGAAGAAGACCUGUCUGAAAACCCCGAGCCCCCUUCCACACAGAAGAAAGAGUUCCAGCUGAAAGUACGGCUCUCCACCGGCAAAGACGUGCGUCUGAACGCCAGCAUGAGCGACACCAUCGGCCUGCUCAAGAAACAGCUGCAAGCUCAGGAGGACAUCGAGCCCAUCCACCAGCGCUGGUUCUUCUCCGGGAAGCUCCUCACAGACAAGACCCGGCUGCAAGACACCAAGAUCCAGAAGGACUUUGUUAUCCAGGUCAUCGUGAACCAGCCCACGCCGGACCACUAGGAUGGACUAGACCGGGAUAGAGGACCAAACCACAGCAGCUGAGAGAACAUCGAGCGACUCGAUCCUGCUGGAACAAAUACACCAAACGCUGACUUGAGCAGAAGUGCCUGCGUGUGUUUGGUAGCGAAGCACACUGAUUCGAGUCUCUCUGAAAGCCAUCUCUCCCUGUUUAAGAUAAUCCAACCUGAGCUUCAUUUUGCACACUUGAGUACCUUCGAAUAGCUGUGCCUUGAAAGAAGAGUAAAUGCUGGGUUUAUUUCGCUUCGGUCACUUUCACUCGCUUUGUAUUUCAGGACUGACGUCUUUGAGCACAACUGUACUUUCUAUGCAAUCCUAAAACUAAAAAAAAAAGACUUUUUAAUGCUUCUUACACCUCUAUCAGUGGCAUUACGAGGCUGUUAUAUUUUGAGAAUGCAUUGCAACAUAUUCGUCAGAUCUGUAUCAGGCCGGCGAAGUCUGUUCAUUUCAGUCGUUUGUUUUUCUGCUCCUGAUUAUAUCAGCGAGUGACUCACACCGGUUAGAAACAGCUCAUUAACUCAAUAACAACUGCUCCUCAUUACGCCGUGUUUCUAGUCUCACGCCAUUCCUUCUACUUCACUCUCUUUUUAAGCAUUUUUUGUUGUUAAAAGAUACGUGGAGAUUUAUGGACGAGAGAAAUCAUAUUAAUUUAUCAUUGCAAAUUGCUAGUUUCACUGGGCAUGCAUCUUUCUGCAUUCAAGCAAUAUUCCAGGUUAAAUACAAGUACUCUGCAUUGAAUAGAAAACACGCAACUCCAUCAUUUUAACAUGUAUGCACUUUCAGUAUAAGUCCAUGUGGUGUUUAUCUCAGAUAUUUACAGUAUGCAGUAGAUUUAAGGGGUUUUUCAGCAGAAAAUUAAAAUACUGUCAUCCUUCCCUGUGCAUCACAAAAUCUGAAAAUGUCUUACACUUUUCUUUUAUUGUCUUUACAUUGUAUUAUUGUGGUCCGGUGUUAUUUUGUUUGACAUAAAAAGUUGAAAUUAUGAUAUAAAAAGUAAUGUUUAAUAAAAUUAGAAAAUUGCAAUCAAAAUAAAAAGUUGAGAUCAUAAUUCUGACAAUAAUUUAACCUUGACAAGUCAAAAAUAUGACUACUGUUAUGAUAAAUACGAUCUCAAAGUCAAAAGUCACAACUUAUAACUUCUCUCAGUUAUGGCUCAUACAUAUAUAAUUUUUUUGUAAGUUUGAAUAUUUGUCAGAAUUACAAUUAAGUGAAAUUGAGAUUUGAAUUUUCAUAAGUUGCUUUUUGUCUCAUACUUUUGUCGUCUUUUCAAAGUUUUCUCAUUUUUAUUUCAUAAUAAAAGCCAGUGUGGUCCUUUCAUGUACAAAGCAUUUCUAUAAUCACACGGGUCUGGAGCAUGAGGGUGAGUAAAUGAUGAACACUUCGAGUUUUGGGUGAACUGUCCCUUUAACCUGGAACAUGCCCAGUUUGUCAUCUGUUUGAAUGUAUGUGUGAUGUGUGAUUAGGUGUUUCUCGUGACAUCAAGUUUCCAGAUUUGAGUGAGGAAGCCGUACAUGAGGAUCUUUUUAGCCCCACAAUGUUGGGACAAUUUCAGGAGACUCGUUUUGAAUUUUUUUUCCUUAAAAUCCCAGAAUAUAAGCAGCCAUUUCUCUUACCUCAAGCCUGUGUUGUAUGGAAGCUGUUUCUGCCACAUAAGAAAAAACAGUGUUUUACUGAAUCAUAAUUGUGACGUUAUUAUGAAAUCAUGUAAAAAUUGAGAUUACAAAGUAAAACGCAUAAGAGAAGUGA